AUGAUUGACCCAAUUGAUAAAAUUAUUGAAGAAACAUUUGUUUAUAAAAUUGAUAUGCUUCAUAAUCUUUCUUUAUCAUCGAAUGCUUCAAUGAUUCGUUACGCGUUAGCAUAUAAGAACUUCAAUCCUAACGAAACAUAUCCAGAAGAAGAAAAUGUGGAAUCAAGUUUUGAAUUAACGAAAAAGUAUUGGAAAUAUAAAAUUGAAUCAUAUAAGAAACAAGAUGAAAAAGCAAAAAGAGAUACUAAAAAUAAUGUUUCAAUGGAUGACUAUCAAUACUAUCACGAUUUAAUCCUUUCAUCUAAAUGCAAAAUGUGUGGUAAAGCGUUUACAUAUGCUAAUAAACCAACAUUGGAUAGAAUCGAUAAUGAAAAACCACAUACCAAAGAAAAUUGUCAGUUAAUGUGUUGUUAUUGCAAUGUCGUAAAAUCAAAUAAAGAUGAAGAUGUUCAACGUUUAAGAAUCAAUUUAAGAAAUUAUGCAUUAAAAAAUAAUUUACCAAUGACUUUAGAUUCAGUUGAAGCUUAUCACAUUCUCCGUAAUGGAAUUACUGGUGGUCUAUCAAAUGUUCAACAUCGUAUUAAUCUUAAAGGAAUCACACACAUUAAUAAACUUUCAUAUAAUCCAGAAACUAAAACUGUAUCAAAUGAGGACACCACCAACAUCAUGACUCAUUUCGUUGGAGUUGACUUUAAUUCAUUAUAUCCUUCAUCAUUUUCAUCUAAUCCUCAUGAUUUCAUUCAAUAUACUGACCAUAAAAUGUAUAUGCCGGGAAGAUUGAAUGGUGUUAUCAUUUGUGAUACAGCAACAAAGAAAGCAAAAGCACUUGGAAUUAUUAGAAAGAAAAAUACUUUAUUCGUGGCUGAAGUAAAGGGUCACAUUGAUGAAAAAUACAUUAAUGAUUACAUAAACUUUUUACCGAUAAUAAGAAACUUAGAUAUUAUCACAGAUGAAAAAACAAUUGGCAUAAGAGAAAUAGGUGAGGAUACGUAUCAAAUGAUGCUCAAAGAUAGAUUUUAUAGAUGUGAAACAUGUUUACAAGAGGCAUUCUUCACUUUAGAUAAUGCUAAAUACUGGUAUUUGGUUUUCAUUUAUGAUUUUAUGUAUAAAUGCAUGGAUGUUAAUCGUUUUCAUUUCAUUGAAGGUGAUACUGAUUCAUCUUAUUGGGCAAUCGCUGGCGAUCCAA